AUGGCCACAAUUAAUUUCGCUAAAGGACAUCCAACUAACUCACUUUUUCCCAAUAAAACAAUUGUUGAAGCCACAAGCUCACUUCUAUUGAAUGAUAGAGAUUAUGAUCUUGAUCCAGCUAAUAGACAUCCAUUAACUUAUGGUGCAGAUGAUGGUGCUCUUUGGGUUCGUGAAGAAGUUUCCAAUUUUGUGAAUAGAACUAUUGAACCAAAAUUUGAAUCAAAAGCUGAAUAUUUUAAUUUAACUGGUGGUUCAUCUUAUGGGUUAAUGAAUAUUUUGGCACAAUCAACUUUACCACAUACUGGGUAUACAAAGCAAGCUUUUUUAAUUACACCAACUUAUUUUUUGGUUAAUGAUACAUUUAUUGAUGCUGGAUUUUCUGGUAAAAUGACUGGUAUUGAUGAAAAAAAUGGUAGUAUUGAUUUUGAACAAUUUGAAUCUAAGUUAAAACAGUUUGAUGAUGAUAUUGAUCAUGAAAAAGAUUUAAAAAUAAUAAUAAACCCAGAUGGUUCACAUAAUAAAAAAGUUUAUAAAUUUGUCAUCUAUUGUAUUCCAACUUUUUCAAAUCCAGGUGGUGAAACAUAUGAUUUAGAUACAAGAUUAAAAUUACUGGAAUUAGCAAGAAAAUAUGAUAUUUUGAUCAUUACUGAUGAUGUUUAUGACCUUUUGGAUUAUGAACAACCAUUGGACAAAUUACCAAAGCCAUUACCAAGAAUAACCCAUUUAGAUCGUGAAACUUAUACUAAUGAACAUGGGAAUACAAUAAGUAAUGCAACUUUCUCCAAGUUAAUUGCACCUGGAUUAAGAUUUGGUUAUCAAGAAAGUGUUAAUUCUAAACUGGUUACACAAUUAAGUCAAGGUGGUGCAAAUGUUAGUGGUGGUACACCAUCCCAAUUGAAUUCUAUGGUUGUUGGAACAAUCCUAAAAGAUGGAUUAAUUGAUGAUGUGGUGAACAAUUUUAGAAAGACAUAUUCAGAAAGAGCACAUUUAUUAGGUGAGCUAAUUGAAACACAUUUACCAAAAGAUUUGAAAUUUGUUGGUCUAAAAGGGGGAUAUUUCACUUGGGUUACUUUCCCGUCAAAAUAUGACGUUCAAAAGAUUACAGAAGAAUUGAAAACUAAAAAGAACGUUAUUGUCGCUAAUGGUAAAAACUUUGAAGUAAUUGGAGAUGAAAGAAACUGGGGAUCAAAAGGUGUCAGAUUAAGUAUUAGUUAUUUAACAGUGGAUGAGAUUAAAGAAGGUAUUCAAAGAUGGGGUGAUUUAAUGAAAGAAUUGUAUCCAUGA